AUGCCGGUUAACUCACGGAGUAAGAGAAUCAGUGUUUCUUCUUGUCCCGGAAGUGAUGCUACAAUAUACCAUGAUGCCAACCGCCGCACUAGUAUCUCACAACGUGUAUCAUUUGACGAGCGAUAUUUAGACGAUAUUUUAACUCUAAGAAAAUCAUAUAACACGAAUAACAUAACUAGAAGACCGAAUCGUAUCAGCUUAAAAUCCAUUCCAACGUCGUAUUUUGCCACGGGAAAAGUUGCUGCUAAGAGUUCGUUUGGAAAUAACACCAAACGAAGUGAAGGCGAUAGUUUCGAGUCUAAUUUGUCAGACAAGAAGACGUCUUCUGCUUCCAGAGCUUCCACCGCUGAUCGAGACGUUUUAUCAAGAUUAUCUUUAUAUGAUCCAGAUAAUACUGGUGAAUAUUGGAUACGAAAGAAGAAAUUACGUCUACCACCAGUCCUACUCCCGCCAAUUUACACAAUUCGACCGAAAACUCCUGAAUGUUUAGAAGAAGUUUUAGAUAAACCAUUGCGGUUUCCGAAGCCUAUAACGGAUCGGGAUUGGAGUGAACUACAGGAAUGUCGGUACCUCAGACCAGGGUUAAGAAAAUAUAGACUCGACAUUAGACCCAGGCUUAAAUUAACAUAA